GAGUAAGUUGCUGGUACUGCCUGCCUCUCCCCGGUGCGAUGGGGAAGCUGCGCCGGCGGUACAACAUCAAGGGGCGCCAGCAGGUGACCCCCGGCCCCUCGAAGGGUCCCCCCGAGCCACCUCCCGUGCGACUGGAACUAAAGGAUGAGGCCACGCUGAAAGGAGUUGAUGCAAGCAACGCACUGGUGCUACCGGGGAAGAAGAAGAAGAAGAUCAAAGCCCCUCCUUUGUCCAAGAAGGAGAAGAAGCCUCUGACCAAGAAAGAGCGGAAAGUGCUGCAAAAAAUCUUAGAACAGAAGGAGAAAAAGAGCCAGCGAGCAGAGAUGCUACUGAAAUUGAGUGAAGUCCAGGUUUCAGAAGAUGAGAUGAAGCUCUUCUACACCACAUCCAGGCUGGGCACGGGGCACCGCAUGUACCACUCCAAAGCGAAGUCUCAGGAGGUCAGAGCCCAGGGUCCGGAGAGGAUCAGCAGCCUCAGCGGGGCCCACCGGAAGCGCUGUCAUGAGGAUUCAGAGGAAGAGGAGUCCGAGUCUGAGUUCUCAGCAGAGUCUGAGCUCGAGGAUGAAGCCACAGGAGUCGAGCCCGGGGAGGCUGGUGUGGGCAUUGGAGUGGCAGGUGUGCCUCCAGAGGCAGCUGGUGAGAAUCCAGAGCCCAGCACUCAGUCAGCUCCAGCAGGGACCCCUGCUGCUCCUCCAGGCCCACCAGCAGCAUCCUCCACCAUGGCCAGGCCCCCCAUGAAGCCGGCCAUCUUCAUCCCUGUGAACCGCUCCCCUGAGAUACAGGAAGAGCGACUGAAACUCCCAAUUCUCUCUGAAGAGCAAGUGAUCAUGGAGGCAGUGGCCGAGCACCCCGUUGUCAUCGUGUGUGGGGAGACAGGCAGUGGGAAGACCACGCAGGUGCCCCAGUUUCUAUAUGAAGCAGGCUACAGCAGCGAGGAUAGCAUCAUUGGUGUCACGGAGCCCCGCCGAGUAGCCGCCAUGGCCAUGUCCCAGCGAGUGGCCAAGGAGAUGAAUGUGUCGCAGCGGGUCGUCUCCUACCAGAUCCGCUAUGAAGGAAACGUAACAGAAGAGACCAGAAUCAAGUUCAUGACUGAUGGCGUGUUGCUCAAAGAAAUACAGAAGGACUUCCUGCUGCUGAAGUACAAGGUGGUGAUCAUCGACGAGGCUCACGAGCGGAGUGUGUACACGGACAUCCUCAUCGGCCUCCUGUCCCGCAUUGUGUGUCUCCGGGCAAAGAGACAGCUGCCGUUGAAGCUGCUCAUCAUGUCGGCCACACUGCGGGUGGAGGACUUCACUCAGAACCGGCGGCUCUUUGCCCAGCCGCCCCCCGUCAUCAAGGUCGAGUCCCGGCAGUUCCCAGUGACGGUGCAUUUUAACAAGCGGACACCCCUGGAAGACUACAGCAGCGAGUGCUUCCGGAAGGUCUGCAAGAUCCACCGCCUGCUCCCGGCAGGCGGCAUCCUGGUGUUCCUGACAGGGCAGGCGGAGGUACAUGCGCUGUGCCGCAGGCUCAGGAAGGCCUUCCCCCACACCAGGGCCCCGCUGCCAGAGAAGGAUGACCAGAAGGACUCGGCCGAGGAGAUGCGCAAGUUUAAGAAGUCAAGGACUCGGGCCAGGAAGGCUCAGGCAGCGACGCUGCCCCAUAUCAGUUUGGACAGUUACUCAGUGCUGCCCGUGGGUGAAGAGGACCGGGAGGCAGACGUGGAUGAAGAGGAGGCCCUGGGCUCCGACCUGGACCUGGACCUGGGGGACGACGUGGCAGACAGAGGUGAGCAGCUGGAUGCCUCGCUCCCCCUGCACGUGCUCCCCCUCUACUCCCUGCUGGCCCCUGAGAAGCAGGCACAGGUCUUCAAGCCUCCCCCAGAGGGGACUCGGCUGUGCGUGGUAGCCACCAAUGUGGCCGAGACGUCCCUCACCAUUCCGGGCGUCAAGUAUGUGGUGGACUGUGGGAAGGUCAAGAAGCGGUUCUAUGACCGCGUCACCGGUGUAUCAUCCUUCCACGUCACCUGGAUCUCCCAGGCCUCGGCUGAUCAGCGGGCGGGCCGUGCCGGCCGGACAGAGCCUGGACACUGCUACAGGCUGUACUCUUCAGCGGUUUUUGGAGACUUCGAGCAGUUUCCUCCUCCUGAGAUUACCCGGCGACCCGUGGAAGACUUGAUCCUUCAGAUGAAAGCUCUGAACAUCGAAAAGGUCAUCAACUUCCCCUUCCCGACCUCUCCCUCCGUGGAGGCCCUCAUUGCUGCUGAGGAGCUGCUGGUGGCACUGGGUGCUCUGCAGAUGCCCCCACGACUAGACCGGGUGAAGCAGUUGCAGAAUUCCCGACUGAGCAGCCCCAUCACCGCACUGGGCAGGACUAUGGCCACCUUCCCCGUGGCACCACGCUAUGCCAAGAUGCUGGCGCUGAGCCGGCAGCAUGGCUGCCUGCCCUAUGCCAUCACUAUUGUGGCUGCCAUGACCGUCCGGGAGCUGUUCGAGGAGCUGGACAGGCCGGCCGCCAGUGACCAGGAGCUCGCCCAGCUGAAGGGCCGGCGUGCCCGGGUAGCCCAGAUGAAGAGGAUCUGGGCAGGACCGGGCAUGUCCCUGAAACUCGGGGAUAUCAUGGUGCUGCUAGGCGCCGUGGGAGCCUGCGAGUACGCCGGCUGCUCGCCCCAGUUCUGCGAGGCCAACGGGCUACGCUACAAGGCCAUGCUGGAGGUCCGGCGUCUUCGCGGCCAGCUCACCACUGCGGUCAAUGCCGUGUGCCCAGAGGCUGGGCUGUUUGUGGACCCCAAGAUGCAACCUCCUACUGAGAGCCAGGUGACCUACCUGCGACAGAUUGUGACGGCUGGCCUCGGUGACCACCUGGCCCGUAGGGUCCAGAGCGAGGAGCUGCUGGAUGAAAAGUGGAGGAACGCCUACAAGACCCCGCUCCUCGAUGACCCCGUCUUCAUCCACCCCAGCUCCGUCCUUUUCAAAGAGCUCCCGGAGUUUGUGGUUUACCAGGAAAUUGUGGAGACCACCAAGAUGUACAUGAAAGGCCUCUCGACCGUGGAGAUCCAAUGGAUCCCCGUGCUGCUGCCUUCUUACUGCCAGUUCGAGAAGCCCCUGGAGGAGCCCUGCCCAACUUACUGCCCCGAGAAGGGCCGGGUGCUGUGCCACCGGCCCAGCGUGUUCUACCGCGUCGGCUGGCCCCUCCCUGCAGUCCAGGUGGAUUUUCCAGAGGGCAUUGAUCGCUACAAGCACUUUGCCCGGUUCCUGCUGGAAGGACAGGUCUUCCACAGACUGGCUGCCUUCCAAGGCUGCCUGCUGUCCAGGCCCAGCACCAUGCUGAAGACAUGGGCAAGGCUACAGCCCCGGACAGAGAGUCUCCUGAGAGCCCUGGUGGCUGAGAAAGCCGACAGCCGAGACACCAUGCUGGCUGCCUGGAAGAAGAACCCCAAAUACCUGCUGGCUGAGUACUGUGAGUGGCUUCCCCAGGCCAUGCACGAUGAAGUUGGGAAGGCCUGGCCCCCCACCUCUGACCGCUGACCCCUGGCCAACUGGCUGAUGCUGCAAGUGGAUCCCCAGGCUGGGCACACCAACAUCCAGAGAGCCUGGCCCCACUGCCGACCAGGCUGACUGCAGGGCGGAGCUGCUUCCAGGAGGUGGCCCAGCCUGAGACACACCUCACCUCAGCCCUGCUCAGCGCAGCUGCCUGCCCCCUGGCAGUGGCUUUCAAUGUGACUAUUAUGUGCUGGAUGGUGGGUACCGUGCUGGGUCCAUCUCCAGCAGAUCGUGUGGACGUUUGUCCCUAUGGAGCAGCAUAGCCAGAGGCUCAGUGACCCUGGGUCUGCGUCUACUUCACCUUUCCAGGGACCAAGCCCUGGUGCCACCUCAGGGGAGGGUGGCCAGGAGUGGGGUGACCCAACAGUCAGCUUCUGGCUGCUUCACUCCUCACAUCAUGCCCUGGAGGGCGGGCUCUGCCAGGUACACCCGCAUGACCUUCCUCCUGACCCUGAGCUGCGCCCUGGGGACCUGACCCUUCCCUGCCUCUUUCCUGGUUGUGAAAGAGGAAGAUAGAGGACAUGGUGGUCCCCAAGUGAGCAGAAACAAGAAGAAUGCAGGCCCCUCAACAUCCCCCAUCACAGCUCCUGCUGCAGUCAGGGUCCCUCUGGCAGGGGCGGGGUGAUAGAUUGCCCUCCAACCAGGUCCUCUUGUCCACCAGACAAGAUGCGCGGGGUGUGCGGGGCUGGGCCGUAGGGACCCCUCCGUGCAGGUCCCUGCUCUUGGGAGCCCUUUCUAGGUGUCCUGCUGCCAGGCUGCUUCAGAACUCAGUGGCUGCCCCUUCUCCACCUCGCCCUGGAGGUGCCAGGCCCUUCUUGCCCCUUACCCUCCCUGGACCUUGGCUCUUCUGCCUUCACGGGCCUGCAGACCCACAGCCCUGGAGGAGGGGUUGGGUAAUUCUGCUCAGAAAUCCUGACUCUGGCUUCUCCGGGAACAGGCUGGUCUCACAGGUGCCGAGCUGCUCUGUUGAGGGGGAGCAGCGCUCAGGUACCACAGCCCACCUCACUGCCCACCUUCAUCCACACAGCGGGGGGAGAAACUGAUUAGGCAGAGUUUGACUUUCAGAUUUUUUGGUUUUGAGAUAGAGCUGACAUAAAUUUCAAAGUUGUACUUUGAGGUAUACAGUCAGUGGGGGUGGAGGGGGGCUGUGAGAGAGAGAGAUGAAGGUAAUUUAUUGCCGAUUCCAGAGCAUUUUCAGUACUGGUAAGAGACCUGGUGCCGAGCAGUCAGCCCCAGCCCACAGCCCCAACCAGGCGCCGAGCUCCCCGGGUCUGUAGCUCUGGUCUGUAGAAGCCGCGCAGGGUUGGGUCCUGUGUCUCCACUCUGCGUGGUCCUUUCAGGGUCAGUUGCUGGAGGCGCCUGUGAACACUGUCCCUCCUCUGGCUGAAUCAUUGUUGGGCCAAGCAGGUCUUGUUCACCCACUCGCCUGCUGCUGGGCACGGUCAUUUCUGCGUUUCACCUAUGGUGAAUACAGCCUUUAUUGCCCAUUUUAAAUUGGGUUGCUCAUCCCACAGAGUCAUAAGGGUAUUUUCACCUGUUUGAGAUGCUUUUGCACUUUCUGACAGUGCCUUAGAAAUAAAAGGAUUUCAUUU